GGGGCUGGCCAAGGCGAGCGGGGGCACUGCGCUCGGGCUCCGGGCGGUGAGUCGCGGCGGCUGCGGCGGCUGCGGGCCAGCGCGGUCCCCGCGUGCGCACACGCACCCGCCGCGGCGCAGGGACACACGGACCCCGCCGCCAGCGGCCGACGGGCACCCAGAAUCGGUUCGGCGCGCUCGAUAGCAGCUCUGGCGGCGCGGGGCUCGGGGCUCCGGCUGCGUGCUCUCUAUGCUGAGUCUGCCCCAAACCGACCAGUGGCCCCGCGGUCAGGUCCCGCAGCGAGCAGACUGUGGUCGCCUUGGGGCUGAGCAGCGACUGGUGGGAGCUAGAGUCCAGAAGGGCUGCCUUCGAAGCAUCAUGGCUGGCAUCUUGUGGGUCUCCCUGGCUGCGUUCCUCCUGCUCCCUAUGGCCACUGCCAUGCACUCAGAUUGCAUCUUCAAGAAGGAGCAAGCCAUGUGCUUGGAGAAGAUCCAGAGAGCCAAUGACCUGCUGGGCCUGAACGAUUCUUCCCCAGGCUGCCCUGGGAUGUGGGACAACAUCACGUGUUGGAAGCCCGCGCAUGUGGGUGAGAUGGUGCUGGUCAGCUGCCCUGAGCUCUUCCGCAUCUUCAAUCCCGACCAAGUCUGGGAGACAGAAACCAUUGGAGAGCUUGGUUUUGCUGAGAGCAACUCCUUGGAUCUUGCAGACAUGGGGGUGGUGAGCCGGAACUGCACAGAGGAUGGGUGGUCUGAGCCCUUCCCUCAUUACUUCGACGCUUGUGGGUUUGAUGAGUACGAGUCUGAGCCUGGGGACCAGGAUUACUACUACUUGUCGGUGAAGGCCCUCUACACGGUCGGCUACAGCACUUCGCUUGUCACCCUGACCACUGCCAUGGUCAUCCUGUGUCGCUUCCGGAAACUGCACUGCACCCGGAAUUUCAUCCACAUGAACCUGUUCGUGUCCUUCAUGCUGAGGGCCAUCUCCGUUUUCAUCAAAGACUGGAUCCUGUAUGCCGAGCAAGACAGCAACCAUUGCUUCAUCUCCACGGUAGAAUGCAAGGCCGUCAUGGUUUUCUUCCACUACUGCGUUGUGUCCAACUACUUCUGGCUGUUCAUCGAGGGCCUGUACCUCUUCACCCUGCUGGUGGAGACCUUUUUCCCCGAGAGGAGAUAUUUCUACUGGUACAUCAUCAUCGGCUGGGGAACCCCAACUGUAUGUGUGACGGUGUGGGCCACCCUGAGGCUCUACCUGGAUGACACAGGUUGCUGGGAUAUGAAUGACAGCACGGCCCUUUGGUGGGUGAUCAAAGGCCCUGUGGUUGGCUCCAUAAUGGUGAACUUUGUGCUUUUUAUCGGCAUCAUCAUCAUCCUGGUGCAGAAACUUCAGUCUCCAGACAUGGGCGGGAAUGAAUCCAGCAUCUACUUCAGCUGCGUGCAGAAAUGUUACUGCAAGCCACAGCGGGCUGAGCAGCACCCUUGCAAGAUGUCAGAACUGUCCACCAUUACUCUGCGGCUGGCCCGGUCCACGCUGCUGCUUAUCCCGCUGUUUGGGAUCCAUUACACGGUGUUUGCCUUCUCACCAGAGAAUGUCAGCAAGAGGGAGAGACUCGUGUUUGAGCUGGGCCUGGGCUCCUUUCAGGGCUUCGUGGUGGCUGUGCUCUACUGUUUCCUGAAUGGGGAGGUGCAAGCGGAGAUCAAGCGGAAGUGGCGGAGCUGGAAGGUGAACCGUUACUUCACUGUGGACUUUAAGCACCGGCACCCAUCCUUGGCCAGCAGUGGCAUGAAUGGGGGCACUCAGCUCUCCAUCCUCAGCAAGAGCAGCUCCCAGCUUCGCAUGUCCAGCCUCCCAGCUGACAACCUGGCCACCUGAGCCACCCUCCCCGCCUCCUCUUCACACACAGGCUGGGGCUGUGGGCAGGCGGGGCCCACGCAUGUUCACGCCUCUUUCCUCUCCUUUUGGGCAGGCCCUGGGUUGGAAACUGCGUCCACAUUCCCCCACACCACCACCACCCAAGGCAGGGAGAAGGAGGUGGGGCACAGACUGAAGCUGGCCCUCCCAAUUUGGUAUUAGCCCCACCUACCACGUCACCUGGGUCAUGACCCCAGACAUGUAAAUAGUAUUCCUUGAAAUUUGGAAAGGUGCCCCAUCCCACUCCAGCCUCAGGGAUGGCCUUGACCUGCAGAUGCGGGUGCAAGGCCUUGUGAGCUGAGGCUGAAGAAACCUUGCUUUGGGAGGCAGGAUGGUGCCCACCCCAACAUCCCCUUCUCUGUCUGACCCUACCUGUUGGGCCCUUCUCCCUGGGGUGCCCCACUUUGCUGGGUGCCCAGAGCAUCCUGCUGUGCCGUCUGAGGCUCCCUGGUGCUCACCCAACUUCUUGGUGUCCAGGAGCCCAAGUCUUGGAUGCUGAGGUGGGAGGACAGCUCCAAGCUCGUCUCUGUCGGAGACUGGAGUUGGCAGGGACGGAGUGGGGAGGAGGGGGCAGGGGCAGGGGGAAGGUCCUGGUGCUUUGAUCCAAGACAAGCUGAGGGCCCAUGAUGUUGCUGCAACUGGGACAGAGAGGAGCCAGGAGGAGAGAUGUGUGCAGGGAGACUUCCGCUGUCCCCAGGAUCACACCCCCAACUCAGAUGGGCUGGGACCAUGAGGUCACCUCCUCCUGUCCCCAGAGACACUGCUUCCCAACCACAUCCACCAGCUGUCUCCCGACCCCCAUCUCCCCUGAUGUCAAAGCCAUGACAAAGAUGAACCAGCCGCCUUCCUGUGAUCUGUGUCAGCCAAUCCUGAAGCACCUUACACCUCCAGGUCCGGAGCCUCGGCUCCUGCCCUCGCACCCCAGCCCCUGCACCCCUGAGAAUAAUGAGGAACCCCAGGCGCCAGGUCCUUGGCCCUGGACUCAGCUGCUGAGAUCUCCCUGAGACCUCUUCAGACUUCCUUUCAUGUGCCCUUGACAUUGGAACA